ACUAUUUUAUAAAAUAUUUAUUGAAAAUACAUAGAUGGAUGGAUAUAGACAUAUAUCAAAUCAAACAAAAUGAAGCAAAAUGAAGAAGAGCACGGCCACAGUCUCAUUCACAGAACAGCUCUGCCUUUCUCUGUUACACAAGUGCAAGACUCUCAAAACCGUGAAGCAAAUCCAUGCCAUUACGUGCAAGACAGGCCUCGACACCGAUCGCAUAGUAGCCGGGAAGCUCCUCCUCAAUUGUGCUGUUUCAAUAUCCGAUGCACUUGACUACGCUCGCCGACUCUUCCAUCACUUCCCAGACCCAGAUGUUUUCAUGUACAACACUAUCAUCAGAGGCUUCGCUGAAUCCGAUAACUCCCGGAAUUCUCUGGUUGCAUUCGUCGAAAUGCGUAGAAGAGCAUGUGUUUUGGAUAGCUUCUCUUUUGCGUUUGUGCUUAAAGGGGCGGCCAAUUAUGGGUGUUUGAGAGGUGGGGUUCAGUUGCAUUGUGAUGCUAUGAGGCAUGGCCUAAAUACCCAUCUUUUUGUUGCGACGACUCUUGUGAGUAUGUAUGCAGAAUGUGGGUGUGUGAGUUCUGCACGGAAGGUGUUUGAGGAAAUGUCUGAACCAAAUGUUGUGGCUUGGAAUGCGGUGCUUACUGCGUGUUUUAGAUGUGGGGAUGUAAAGGGUUCAGAGGAAAUGUUUGAUAGGAUGCCGAUUAGGAAUUUGACGUCGUGGAAUGUCAUGCUUGCUGGGUACAUUAAAGCAGGUGAGCUUGAGCUGGCUAAGGAGGUGUUCUUAGAGAUGCCUGUGAAAGAUGAUGUUUCUUGGAGUAGUAUGAUUGCUGGGUUUGCUCAAAAUGGUUGUUUUGAUGAGGCAUUUGGGUUUUUCAGGAAAUUGUUAUGGGUGGGAAUGAGACCAAAUGAGGUGAGCUUGACAGGGGUUCUAUCGGCUUGUGCUCAGGCUGGGGCGUUUGAGUUUGGAAAGAUUUUACAAGGGUUCCUGGAGAAAGCUGGAUUUCUUUGGAUGAUUUCAGUGAAUAAUGCACUCAUGGAUACAUAUUGUAAGUGUGGGAACGUGAGCAUGGCUCGAUUGGUCUUUGAGCGAAUGCCGGAAAAUAAAAGCAUUGUUUCUUGGACAACAAUGAUAGCAGGACUUGCAAUGCAUGGUAAUGGAGAAGAAGCAAUACAGCUUUUCUAUGAUAUGGAAGCAUCUGGAAUUAGGCCUGAUGGGGUCACCUUUAUUUCUAUAUUAUAUGCUUGCAGUCAUGCUGGUCUAAUUGAACAAGGCUGUAAAUAUUUUUCUAAGAUGAAAGAUGUAUAUGGCAUAGAACCAGUGAUUGAGCAUUAUGGUUGUAUGGUUGAUCUAUAUGGUCGAGCCGGUAAGUUGCAGAAGGCCUAUGAUUUUGUUUGUCAAAUGCCAAUUUCACCAACUGCUAUUAUUUGGCGGACUCUUCUUGGGGCUUGUAGCAUUCAUGGUAAUGUCAAGUUGGGAGAGCAAGUGAAGGAAAGGCUUUCUGAACUUGAACCCAGCGAUUCUGGCGACCAUGUUCUUUUGUCAAAUAUUUAUGCUAUAGCAGGGAAAUGGAAAGAUGUUGCCACAGUAAGAAGAUCAAUGACUGACCAGAAGAUCAAGAAAACUCCUGGUUGGAGCAUGAUUGAAGUUGACAAGAUCAUGUAUACUUUUGUGGCGGGUGGAAAACAGGACAAGAUUACGGAAGAGGCCUAUGAAAAAUUAAGGGAGAUAACCUCAAAGCUUAGGAUUGAAGGAGGUUACGUUCCAGAGGUUGGGAGUGUUUUGCAUGACAUAGAAGAGGAAGAAAAGGAAGAUUCAGUGUUUAGGCAUAGUGAGAAGCUUGCUUUAGCUUUUGGAAUGGCAAGAUUAUGUGAGGAAAGGGUUAUAAGAAUAGUGAAGAAUUUGAGGGUGUGCAGGGACUGCCAUGCAGUGAUGAAGCUGAUCUCUAGAGUCUAUAGAUUGGAAAUUUUGGUGAGAGAUAGAAGUCGCUUCCAUUCUUUCAAAGAUGGCUCUUGUUCAUGCAGAGACUACUGGUAAGUUACGACUGGAAGAUUUCCAGAAGGAUAUGUCUUGCACAUUGAGGAAAACAAUUGAAUCAAUGUCCGCCUAGGAUUAAGCCAACUCUCGGAUCCAAAAAUAUUGAAAAAGAAGAAAGAACCGAGAAAGAGAUAUUGAGCAAGAAGGCGACGAUGAAGGUCUGAAGAAGAAGCCAGCAAAAUAUUUGUCUAAAGGUCAGGGUGGGCCUAAGAGUCGAGUUUAUAGCAGCAAUGGUGGGAAAUAGGUGUUGAGUUUGAGAUUGUGGUGGCCCAAUGUGUAGUGCAAUUCUUGUCUGUGAUUGGCCUACAAGAUGUUUAAGAAGGGAGUGCAGGCUGGUUCUGGAACGAACUACAAUGGCGGAAGACCUUUGGGUUUGGCAAUGGGGCAUCUUGAUGAAGUAUUGAUGGGUUGUUACUUGUUAGAGAGUGAAGUGUCAGUUAUGCCUGAAGCUGUGUGACAAGGCUGCUAUAACAUUGGUUCAACAUGCUAUUAAGGAAGAUUGUCGUGGGGUUUUGCUAGAGGAAUGACCUGAUUUUAUUCUCAUCAUCCUAACCUAGGAAAUACCUUCUAAAUUGCCUAUUU